UUUCAGCUUAUGUGGAGAACUUGUUGUGGAAGCCACCUAUAAAUCCAUUUACCGAAUUUAUGGAGAAGCCUACAAAUGAUGGAAGUCAUUCAGAAGAACUCUUUUCCCAUUUUAAAAGUUUACCAGAGAAAGAACAUUUACCACGGCAUGCCAGUGAAAGUCAUCUCAGCUGCCUAAAGCAGGACAUCCUAAAUGAGAAGACCAAAUUGGAAGCAACAUUUAAGGAAGCCGAGUUAGCAACUUGUUCUGUAGAAUUACUUUUGCCAUUAUUUAAGGACACCAUUGAAGAGAUUAGUUUUGAAAAUAGAGGGGACAGUUUAUCCAACUUGUUAGAGAAGCUAGCUGAUAAUGAAAGUGAAAACACUAAUCUUAAGACGAAGUUACUUGAAAAGGAGACCUAUAUCCAAGAACUUUCUUGUUUGUUUCAGAAUGAAAAGGCAAAUGCUUUGAAAGCAAGCCGUUUGUCACAAUCAGUGAAAGUAGUACAUGAACGACUACAGUUCCAAAUUCAUAAAAAGGAAGCAGAGAAUGAUAAAUUAAAAGAACACAUAAAGAGCUUAGAAUCCAAAAUAUCAGAAUGGAACUUGCAAUUGAAAAAGAGUACGCAUGAGGCUGUAACGAUGAAAGAAUCAAGUAGGCAAAAAGCUAUAGCUCUAAAAAAGGCAUCUAAAAUUUACAAACAAAGGAUUAAACAUUUUACUGGAGACAUGGAAAACCUUACUUCCCAGAUUAGAGAGCAGGAAGCCAAGUUGUCUGAAACAGUUUCAGCUUCCAACGUCUGGAAAAGUCAUUAUGAGAAAAUUGUAAUAGAAAAAACUGAAUUGGAAGUUCAGAUCGAAACAAUGAAAAAGCAAAUUAUUAAUCUUUUGGAAGACCUGAAGAAAAUGGAAGACCAUGGAAAAAAUUCAUGCGAAGAAAUUCUCAGAAAACUUCACUCAAUUGAAUGUGAAAAUGAAACUCUGAAUCUUGAGAAUACAAAAUUAAAGACUACACUAGCUGCUUUGAAGGACGAGAUUGCCUCUGUUGAAAAUGAGCUCUUAGAAUUGCAAGAAGUAGAAAAACAACAGAAAACCCUUAUUGAAGUUUAUAAAACUCAGAUACAGAAGUUGCAAGAAGCAGCUGAAAUGGUGGAAAGCAGAUGUGAAAGUUUGCUACAAGAGAAUAACCUAAUAACAAAAAACAAAAAUAAAAAAUUAAAGAAGGUUGAUGAAAAUCAUGAUCUUUUGACAAAGCUUUCCCUGGAAGAGGAAAGUUAUCUUAUUCAGUUGAAAUGUGAAAACCUUAAACAAAAAUUAGAACAGAUGGAUGCAGAAAAUAAAGAGCUUGAAAAGAAGCUGGCAAACCAAGAAGGAUGUCUUAAGCGUACCAAUCUUGAGUUUAAAGAGAAAUCUGCAGAAUAUAGAGCAUUGGCCAGACAGCUGGAAGCUGCUUUAGAAGAAGGAAGACGAAAGGUUUCUGAAGAAAUAGAGAAAAUGUCAUCUAGAGAAAGGGCUUUACAAAUUAAAAUAUUAGAUCUGGAAACUGAGCUUAGAAAGAAAAAUGAAGAACAAAAUCAACUUAUUUGCAAAAUGAACAGUAAAGCACAACAUCAGGAAGUAUGUUUGAAAGAAAUACAGCAUAGUCUUGAAAAGUCGGAGAAUCAAAAUGAGAGUAUUAAGAAUUAUUUACAGUUUCUUAAAACUUCUUAUGUAACAAUGUUUGGGUAAAUUGUUGGAUUUAUUUUCUAUAAGCAAUAGGUUUUUACUAUGAGUCUAAAAAGUAAUUAGAUAAAAAUAAAUAUACUAUCUGUUGCUAUAUUUUA